AUGGAUGACAGGUGCUACCCAGUGAUCUUCCCAGAUGAGCGAAAUUUCCGUCCCUUCACUUCCGACUCCCUGGCUGCAAUAGAGAAGCGGAUUGCUAUCCAAAAAGAGAAAAAGAAGUCCAAAGACAAGACAGCAUCUGAACCCCUGCCUCGACCUCAGCUUGACCUAAAGGCCUCUAGGAAGUUGCCCAAGCUCUAUGGCAACAUUCCACAUGAGCUGGUAGCAAAGCCCCUGGAAGACUUGGACCCAUUCUACAGAAAUCAUAAGACAUUUAUGGUGUUGAACAAGAAGAGAACAAUCUACCGCUUCAGUGCCAAGCGUGCCUUGUUCGUUUUUGGACCUUUCAAUCCCAUCAGAAGUUUAGCCAUUAAAAUCUUGGUCCAUUCAUUGUUCAGCAUGUUCAUCAUCUGCACCGUUGUGGUCAACUGUUUGUUCAUGGCUAUGGCUGGUGUUAAGGAGAGCAACAAGCCAAGAACUGACAUUGCUGAAUGUAUCUUCACUGCAAUUUAUAUUUUGGAAGCUCUGAUAAAAAUACUUGCAAGAGGUUUUAUCCUGGAUGAAUUUUCUUUCCUUCGAGAUCCAUGGAACUGGCUUGAUUCCAUUGUCAUUGGAACAGCAAUUGCAGAUUUAGAUCCUAAUUCCCAAAUCAAACUGUUGUCUCUACGUACCUUCCGAGUGAUCAGAGCGCUGAAAGCAAUUUCAGUAGUUUCUGGUCUGAAGGUCAUUGUGGGGGCCUUACUGCGCUCAGUGAAGAAGCUUGUUGAUGUGAUGGUCCUCACCCUCUUUUGCCUCUGCAUCUUCGCCCUCGUGGGUCAGCAGCUUUUCCAGGAAAUUCUGAGCCAGAAAUGUGUCAAGAUAGGCUGUAACAGUACCCGUGAAACCAAUGAAUCUUGCUUUGUAAUGAAAAAUAAUUCCACAGAACCCAUAAUGUGUGGCAGCUGGAAUGCCAGCAGGUGUCCCCCAAAUUCUAGAUGUGAAUCCACUGGCGUUAAUCCUGACUAUAAUUACACAAAUUUUGAUAACUUUGGCUGGUCUCUUCUUGCCAUGUUCCGGCUUAUGACUCAAGACUCCUGGGAGAAGCUUUAUCGACAGACCUUGCAUACCGCUGGGCCCUACUCAGUCUUCUUCUUCGUGGUGGUCAUCUUCCUGGGCUCCUUCUACCUGAUUAACUUAACCCUGGCAGUUGUCACCAUGGCUUAUGAGGAGCAGAGCAGGAAUGUAGCUGCAGAGACUGAGGCCAAGGAAAAGAUGUUUCAGGAAGCCCAGAAGCUGAUAAAGGAAGAAAAGGAGGCUCUGAUUGCCAUGGGAAUUGACAGAAGUUCACUUAAUUCUCUACAAACAUCAUCUUUUUCCCCAAAGAAGAGAAAGUUCUUUGGUAAAGAGAAAAGAAAAUCUUUCUUUUUAAGAGCAUCUAAGAAAGACCAAGCUCAAGGAUCAGAUUCUGAGGAAGAUUCCUCAAAAAAUCCACCUCUCCUAGAGCAAACCAAGAAAUUAUCUCAGAAUCUUCCAGUGGACAUCUUUGAUGAGCAUGGAGACCCCUUGCAAAGGCAGAGGGCACUGAGUGCUGUCAGCAUCAUCACCAUUACCAUGCAGGAGCAAGAAAAGCUAAAGCAGCCUUGUCUCCCAUGUGGAGAAAAGUUGAUAUCCAAAUACCUUGUGUGGAACUGUAGUCCCAAGUGGCUGUGCAUCAAGAAGGCCCUGAAAAUUGUGAUGACUGACCCCUUUACUGAGUUGGCCAUCACCAUCUGCAUUAUAAUCAAUACCAUCUUCUUGGCCAUGGAGCAUCAUGGAAUGAAUACAGAUUUUAAGAAAAUGUUGAAAACAGGGAAUUGGGUUUUCACUGGCAUUUUUAUGGCAGAAAUGUGCCUAAAAAUCAUUGCACUUGAUCCCUACCACUACUUUCGCCAUGGCUGGAACAUUUUUGACAGCAUCGUUGCUGUUGUGAGUCUUACAGAAGCCAUAGCCGCGAAGUGGGUGUUCCUGCGCUCCUUCAGAGUGCUGAGGGUGUUCAAGUUAGCCAAGUCCUGGCCAACCUUAAACACACUAAUUAAGAUAAUCGGCCACUCUUUUGGAGCCCUUGGAAACCUGACUGUGGUCCUAGCCAUCGUGCUCUUUAUUUUCUCAGUAGUUGGCAUGCAGCUCUUUGGCUAUAAAUUCUGUUCCACAAGGAAUUCACCCUCCUGUAAUUCUAGUAGUGACUCCUGUCAACGGCGCUGGCACAUGGGGGAUUUCUACCAUUCCUUCCUGGUGGUGUUUCGCAUCCUCUGUGGGGAAUGGAUCGAAAACAUGUGGGAAUGUAUGCGAGAAGUUAAUAUACCACUGUGUGUUAUUGUCUUCGUGUUGAUCAUGGUGAUAGGAAAACUUGUGGUGCUCAACCUUUUCAUUGCUUUACUGCUAAAUUCCUUCAGCAAUGAAGAGAGAAAUGAAAACCUAGGAGAGGCCAAGAAAACCAAAGUUCAGUUAGCACUGGAUCGGUUCCGCCGGGCUUUUUCUUUUGUGAUUCACACUCUUGAGCAUUUCUGUCGCAAGUGGUUCAGGAAGCAAAAGUUACCAAAGGAAAAAGAGACGACAGGAGACUCAGCUGCAGACAGCAAAGACAUUCCCCAGGUCACAGAAAUGAAAAGGGAAUCAGAGCCCCAGGAGGAGUUUGAUGUACUAGCCUCUGCAUGGAAGACCUCAGACAUGGGCUGUGAUCACAUUUGGUUGGCCCCACUUGCAAAGGAAGAGAAUGAUCUUGGAUAUACUUAUAGAGACGAUGAAUUGCCCAUCACACCACCUAAUGCUGAAAGACAGGGCUGUGACCAUCAAGGGACCAAGAGGCACACCAGCCCAGGAGUUCAAAGUGUGGAAAUUGAUGUGUUCUCUGAAGAUACUUCUUUGACCACACAGAAUCCUCGGAAGAAGUCUGAUGCGAUCAGUGUGUUAUCAGAAUGCAGUACUAUUGAUCUGCAGGAUCCUGUUGGAAAUUUAUGUAAAAUGGUCCACCCCUCAAAGCAACCAGAGAGAUGUUUGCCCAAAGGACUGAGUUCUUUCCUUCCAUGCUGUAAAAUGGACAAGAGAACAUCACCCUGGGUCAUUUGGUGGAACCUACGGAAAACCUGCUACCAAAUAGUCAAACACAGUUGGUUUGAGAGCUUUAUUAUCUUUGUGAUUCUGCUGAGCAGUGGGGCACUGGUAUUCGAAGAUAUUCAUCUUCCUGAAUAUCCCCACAUCCAAAAUUUACUAAAUUGUACUGACAAUAUUUUCACGUCUAUUUUUGUUCUGGAGAUGGCUCUGAAAUGGGUGGCCUUUGGAUUUAGGAAGUAUUUCACCAAUGCCUGGUGCUGGCUUGAUUUCAUCAUUGUGGUUGUCUCGGUGGUGGUCAGUUUUGUGGACCUACAGAAAUGGAAAGCCUUACGGACUCUGCGAGCACUGAGGCCUCUUCGAGCACUGUCUCGAUUUGAAGGAAUGAAGGUGGUGGUUAAUGCUCUCAUAGGGGCCAUACCAGCCAUUGUGAAUGUUUUGCUUGUCUGCCUCAUUUUCUGGCUCACGUUUUGUAUUCUGGGAGUAAACUUCUUUUCUGGAAAGUUUGGAAAUGUAAAUGAUAACAAAAUUCUAAGAGAUGACAAAUGCACUAAUGAAAAUUAUACCUGGAACCCCCCAAAUGUCAACUUUGACCAUGUGGGGAUGGCUUACCUCGCUCUGCUGCAAGUGGCAACAUAUAAAGGCUGGAUGGACAUUAUGUAUGCCGCUGUUGAUUCCACAGAAGAAGGACUACCACAAUUUGAGGCAAAUGCACUCAUGUACCUUUACUUCAUAGUUUUUAUCAUCUUUGGCUCAUUCUUUACACUGAAUCUCUUCAUUGGCGUUAUUAUUGACAACUUCAAUCAACAGCAAAAAAAGAUAAGUGGCCAAGAUAUUUUUAUGACAGAAGAACAGAAGAAAUACUAUAAUGCAAUGAAAAAAUUAGGAACCAAAAAACCUCUAAAACCCAUUCCAAGGCCUCUGAACAAAUGUCAAGGUCUUGUGUUUGACCUGGUCACACACCAGGUCUUUGAUGUCUUCAUCAUGAGUCUCAUUGUCCUAAACAUGGUUUGUAUGAUGGUUGAGACACGAGACCAAUCCCCAGACACAGACUCAGUCUUUGAACAUCUCAACACAGUCUUUGUGACCAUCUUUACAGUAGAAUGUCUCAUCAAAGUGUUUGCUUUGAGGCAAUAUUAUUUUAUCAAUGGCUGGAAUUUAUUUGAUUGUGUGGUCGUGGUUCUUUCUAUCAUAAGUACACUGGUUACCUUAGUGGGAAAAAGCAAGACCAUUCCUUUUCCUCCAACACUCUUCAGAAUUGUCCGCUUGGCUCGAAUUGGCCGCAUCCUGAGACUUGUUCGGGCAGCGCGAGGAAUCAGGACUCUCCUUUUUGCUCUGAUGAUGUCCCUUCCCUCUCUAUUCAACAUCGGUCUUCUACUCUUUCUGGUUAUGUUUAUUUAUGCCAUUUUUGGUAUGAACUGUUUUUCCAAAAUAGAGAGAAAAGGUGGAAUUGAUGAUAUAUUCAACUUUGAUACUUUCACAGGCAGCAUGCUCUGUCUCUUCCAGAUAACCACAUCAGCAGGCUGGGAUGCUCUCCUUAACCCCAUGCUGGGACCUAACUCCCCAGACAAACCUUACCUCCAUGGUGUAGCCAUAGCCUACUUUGUCAGUUACAUCAUCAUCUCCUUUCUCAUUGUUGUCAACAUGUAUAUUGCUGUGAUUCUAGAGAAUUUCAAUGUAGCCACUGAAGAAAGUGAGGAGCCUUUGUGUGAAGAUGACUUUGAAAUGUUCUAUGAGAUCUGGGAGAAGUUUGACCCCGAAGCAACACAGUUUAUCAAGUAUUCUGCCCUUUCUGACUUUGCUGAUGCCUUGCCUGAGCCUCUGCGUGUGGCAAAACCAAAUAAAUUCCAAUUUCUAGUAAUGGACUUGCCUAUGGUAAGUGGAGAUCGCCUCCACUGCAUGGACAUUCUCUUUGCUUUCACCACCAGGGUCCUCGGUGACUCCAGUGGCCUGGAUACUAUGAAAACAAUGAUGGAGGAGAAGUUCACGGAAGCCAACCCUUUCAAGAAGUUAUAUGAGCCCAUAGUCACUACCACCAAGAGAAAGGCAGAGGAAGAAGGUGCUGCUGUUAUUCAAAAGGCCUUUCGGAAGUACAUGGUGAAUAUGACCAAGUGUGCUGUGGAGGCCAGGCCUCCUUCACCCCUCCAGACACUCAGCAAUGGAGACCUGUCUGGCUCUGAAGUGGCCAAGCUCAAGGUGCAUUAUGACUGAACCUCUUCUCUCCACCUGUACCUCAGAGCUUGCACACUUGUCUCCAGCUUCAGUGUAUGAACAAG